ACUAUACCCCUAAUACUUAGGGUUAGAAAAAGCGGGGGAGAUUUAGUUUAAUAGGUCUUGGCGGGUGCUAACUAAUUAAGGCACUCAAAACAUUUCUCUCCUUAGGCUAAUCAAACAGAGUUGGACAGCAGCCAGCGCUAAGCAGCUGAGAGAGUUCCAUAAUUUCAACCUACAACUCUGGUUUAGCGAAUGCAUUUUCAAACCCAAAAGAAGUUAUUUUAGCAGUGAGAAUCGAUGGGCUACAGCACAGAAUCAAAAUGGUUAACAGCCACCAUAACCUUUGCGCUCGCAGCUCUCUCCGCCUCCACUGCCUUUUCUUUGUAUUUUUGGAAAAGAAAAUCGAGGGAUUUGGAUUCCAAGAUUGGAGAGCUCGAGAAAUCUCUCAAGGCCUCCUUAGACAAUUGUGCUGCUGAAAGGCAAGGCCGAAUUCGGGCUCAGCAGGCUUUGAGGAAAGCACUAACGCAACCAAAGUUGGAUAAUGUGGAGCUGACUUCUUACCCCAUGGCACCUAUUGGUGUCAUACAGUCAUGCUUCUCUACCAGGAAUGGGACGCCCAGGCAACCUGUACUUGUGCCUCUCUCGAGGGCCUGUUUGAUCUUUAAUACAGCUCGUGUUCCUCCAGCAUCACUUGAGGGUCUUGGAGAAUAUUCUCACUGCUGGGUUAUAUAUGUUUUCCAUCAAAAUACAAAUCUAGAGAAGCUUUGGAAAGAUCCAACUAAGUCAAAGUUCAAGGCCAAGGUAAGAGUGCCAACACUAAACGGUGAAAGGAAGGGACUCUUUGCAACAAGAUCUCCACACAGGCCAUCCCCCAUUGGACUCAGUGUUGCCAAGGUGGAGGCUGUACAAGGGCAUAUGCUUCUACUCUCUGGUGUGGAUUUGGUUGAUGGGACACCUGUACUCGAUGUCAAACCUUAUAUUCCCUACUGCGACAACAUCCAAGGAGCAAGAGUGCCAAAGUGGUUAGCGGCGGACAGUAUAUUAGCAGUAGCUUCUGUUGGUUUCUCUGAGGUGUUCACUUCCACACUUGCUGAUUGCUGGGAAAUGGCAAACUCGAGGUCGAGGCGCUGAAUCUAGUGGAGGAUAAGACCACAAUAAUCAAACUCUAGAAGAUCCAACAACUCAUCAUCCUGUGAGAUCCUCAUCCUACCUGGGGAUAAUCAAUAAGACUGCUAUAUUUUGUCUUCCAUCAAUCUAGGUUCUUAACUUGCAUUUGUUCAAAAUCCCUGUGGGAGUUCUUAGCAGAUCAUGCAUAUCUGGGUUGGUAGAUGUCCACUUCCUUUUUUCACUCCCUGCACGGUUGUGAAAGGUUUGUCAACUCAAGAUUUAAUGAUUGUUAAUCUUGUCCGUUGUAAUUUUACAAAUUUGAUAGAUUGGUUGCGUUAUCCUUAGUCAUCUUAUGCUUCUUCAGGGAAGAUCUCUAUUAAACGCAUACUUUUGUUGAAUGCAGAGUGUGUAUAACUAAAAGUUCAUUGAUAGUAUAAGGUUUAUUGUUGCUUAUGAAGAGAAAAUAACUAAAAUAGCAUGCUCUUUUCUACUCUAAAUAAUUAGCCAUGAAAAUCUUCUGUUUAGAAAUGUUAUUCCUUUGUCUUCAAAACAGUUCAAAAAUUAACCACAUUAACUGGACAAGAGUAGAAAGGCGAGUUGUGCCAGUCCUUACAAAGGCUUUCCAGAAUCUCAGAAGUAUGAAGCACCAAUUCCUAUGCUUAAGCUUUCAUUCUAUCUGUAUUUGGUUUGUUGCAGGGAAAUAAUUCACUCUAUGCUUCACCAGACGAGUUCCAAAACUUGAUAAAGCAGGUGCUUUCAUGGGAUAUUAGAUCAUUGGCUCAACGAAAUCGACCUCAUGAUUCCUUCAUUAACU